AUGGGGAAAAAGGGGGAGCGGGGGGCCAAGGAGAAGAAUGCCGCCUUGGAGGAGGAGGCCAGGAAUGCUGCCAAAAAGGCUGAACACGGGGAAGAGGAGUACCAGUGCACGGGGAUACUGGAGCAGGAUUUCGUGGAACUCUGCAUGCGGGCCGGAUUCCAAGAGAUCCCCAAGGUCGUUAUGAGGCCCCAACCCCGCCCGGUCACUGUCCCCGAGGAGCCCGACCCAGUGGCUGAGAAGGAGGGUCUCAAUGCCCUCACACUGAUCCAGUACAAGUAUGCCUACUUCCGCCCCACCAUCCAGGUGGAGAUGGAGCAGGAGGACCCCAAGACCACCAAGGAGAUCUUCAUUCGGAGCUGGAAAAUUGAAGAGAAGAUGCUGUGUAUCUUUGCCAAGUGCCUGCCAACUCUCACCCACCUCCAGGCAAUUCGGCUCUGGAAGGUUGGCCUGACGGAUCACACCUUCCUCUCCCUCAUCUCCAUUGUGCCAAACUGCCCCACCCUCAAAAUGCUGGCCUUGGAAGGCAACCCUCUGCCCGAGCGCUCCUUCUACAAGCUGAUUUCCGAAGACACCACUCUGGGCCACCUCUGCCUGCGGAGCAACGAGAUCGAUGACGAGGGGGCCUUCCUGAUCGGGCAAGCGCUUUCUUCCCUCAAGAGCUCAAACAAGAACCUCAUCUCCAUCAACCUCAGCUACAACCACAUCACGGACGUGGGCGCAGGAUACAUUGCAAAUGGUCUGCGUCUCAACCGUUCACUGCUUUCCUUGUCGUUGUCGCACAACAAGAUUAACGACGGUGGGGCCCUGAAGCUUGCAGAGGUCCUCGGCCCGUUUGCCCUCACGCACACAGAGGUGGUGGAGAGGCGGCAUCUUCUGUUGGAGAAGGAGUGCCAGGAGAGAUGUCGCUUGCCACAGAGACACUCGGAUUUUAAAAGUGAACGCCCCUCCAGCCAUGCCAGCAGCACAGCCAUUGACAAGUUGCAGCCGGCCAAGGCUGCCAAAUCCGCCAAUAAGAAGAAGGAUCCUCUUAAGAAGGAUGAGAAGGGCCUGGCGGGCGGAGGGACUGCUGCGCAGGCAACGCCAGCAGCUCAGACCAAGAAGGAAGACGCCAAGCAAGCCAAGAAAGCUGUUCCCGCUGCCGACCAGAAAGCUGUCCGUGGCAAAGGAACGAAACCUGGCACAAAAGACAAACGGGCUCAAGUCCUGGAAGUGGAGGUGAUGGAGCCCACCGAGAUGCUGAACCCGCUCCUGGAGCCAGCGGAGCACAGAGAUGGGAAAGUCUUCCUCCCAGGCAACCGUGUCCUCAUUUACCUGAACCUCAUCCGUAACCAAAUCACGGAGAGGGGCUUGAAAGCCUUCCUGGCAGCCUUGGAGCAUCAGAGUAGCAGGGCGGCUCCUGGGGGCAAGGGGCCAAUGGGGCUCCUGCGGCUGUCGCUGGCGAAGAACAACUACCCGAUGGAGAGCAAGACCUUUGCCCGGAUCCAAGAGAUGAUGGUGUCGCGUGACCCCCUCCCGAAGGCAGGGGCAGCAGCCAGGACAGUAGAGGAGGAGGCGGGGGCAACGUAGAGCCUCAGCUGGAGAUCGCACAAAUAAGUGGCCCCCGUCCUGACGUCCAGGAUCUUGCCGGCCUUGGACUUGUGCCUUGUUUUAAUUGUCCACUCAACCGCAGGGGGAGGGAACCCCCUCCCCUGGUUGUCCAAGAAAAGUAAAACUAAACCUGAGAUUCUGCUGCGAAGGCCUCCUCACUUAAGGGCGCAGGAUCCAGUACUAAUUUAGGGAGAGAGAGAAAAAUUUAACUAUAUUUAUCCUGCUAAUGAUGGAACGAGAAAGCCCCAAAUUCACCCCUGCCUGAUACUUGUGUAAAAUACAGCCUAUGGAGUGAAAAAAGGCACUGCUCCCCGCCCCCAGCACCUCCCUUUCGUGGGUUGGGGACAGGCCGGGGGGCUUAGAGACACCACAACACAGCCCCAGCAGCGAAGGAGAGAAUCCAAGUCGUCUGUGACUGGGGUGCCACUGGGGUGGACUUGACAGCAUCUUGGAGAGGCCACAAUCUCUUGCUGACACUGCCCCCCAGUUAUAUUGCCUCUCCUCCCUCGCACAACACCCACCAGUGGUUGCUCACUAGGGACGCAAAUGGCUCGCACACACAAUUGAUAUAAAACCCCAAAGCCCCCUUUCCCUUUGGGUCUUUUUAACAGAGAGGCCUGUCACUUAAAGGAGUUUGCUGUGAAAAUGCUCAUGUUUGGCAGAGGCUGAACCAUCUAGACUUGCAGCUGUGCUGGAGACCAGCCUGACAGUGCAAGGAAGCCAAGCAGGUGCUGCAAGGCAUGGCCAUAGUUUUAGAAGCAAGUAGACCCCCUCCUUCCAAAAAACCAGAGCCAUGCUCCAUAGCAGCACAGACAAUCCCUCGGGUGGGAAAAUACCUUGGGGCUGGCCACAGCUCUCCGCAGAAUGCAAAUGUCCCCAGGAGGGCCCUACUGCAGCCCAGUACCCUCUGACUCGUUGGGACUCCAACUCUCACCAGCCCUCCCCUCAUAUACCUGGACUGGCUCGGGCUGAUGGGAAUUGUAGCCCAAAACAGCUGGAGAGCGUAAUCCCGUCAGCAGAAAUACCAGCUGCUCACCUCAUCUGGUGUCUCCCUGCCUGGAUGAUGAAGAAAUCCAUCGAGGGAACUUGCUUCCCUGCGGUGUUGAUUAUUUGCUCCCACAGGAGGCAGCAACAGCCACCAGCGUGGAAGACUUUUAAAAGAUUAGACCUACGAAUGGAGGAUAAGGCUAUCCAUGGCUACUAGGCACAAUGGCUCUGUGCUCCAGCUGCCUGACAAGUGGGGAAAGCAGCCCUUGCUCUCCGGUCCUGCUUGGGGGCUUCUCGGGGGGGGAUCUGCUUGGCCACUGGGAGGAGGAGGAGGUGCUGGACGAGACGAGCUGCCUUUGGCUGGAUGCAGCUGCAGCCGGGCUGUGCCGAUGUCCUCCGUACGCUCAUGCUAAAGAACACGCCUGCUGUGUGGCAUGAAGGUUGUGGCCGGUCAGGAGCAGGAUCCUGCCAAGUCCAAGGUCUGCAUGUGCCCUUCCAGCUGCAAACUGGCUGUCCUCUCUCAGUCCAUCUCUGAGUCACACAAUCUCCAAUUGGGGGGGGGGGAGAGAGAGCUGGGCAGAAAGGUCCUCUUUGCACAGAACACCGCCCACCUUGCCACCUCCAGGAGAGAGAGGGGCAGGGAACAGCUUCCUCCUGAGCAACAGACCUCCUGAAUAUCAGCUGAGGGGGGCUCCCUUCUGGCCACCUCCUCAAGUCCAGCCACAUUGUGGGAAAGGCGGCUGACUCCAGGUGGUGGUGGUGGUCCCAAACCUGCAGCCAGGCCUGGGGCAAGCAAGCAUCGCAACAACUUCACUUCACUAACAGACCCUAAACACCUCGGCCCUCCCCCUUACCAGCUGCUCAAGUUCAGCUGUUGAUUUAUGACAAAAGGAAAAAGCUAGACAGGCACAAGAUCAAAGAAUAUUUUACUUUUUUUCUUUUCUUAAAAAAAAACCCUUUACCAUUGAAAGGAAGAAAAUAAAAUUGGCUUUUAGCAGAUUG